AUGAGACAAGCCCCCAAUGACAUUCCCCAAGAGAUCGUUAACAACCCGCUAUACUACCCUUAUUUCAAGGAUUGCAUUGGAAUGAUUGACGGAACUCAUGUUGAUGCAAUGCUUCCGAUUAAUCUUGUUGCACGCUUUCGAGGCCGCAAAGGUUUUAUACAAAAUGUGCUUGCAGCUUGCACCCCAAACAAGCUAUACACAUAUGUUCUAGCAGGUUGGGAGAGGUCUACAAAUGGUUAUAGGAUUCUUCAGGAUGCAUUGUCUAGACCACAAUCACAUGGAUUGAGAGUCUAUGAUGGUUUCAUCUCUCCAUACCGAGGUGUUCGAUAUCAUUUGAAAGAACAUUCGGGUAAAACACCUAAGAAUAGAAGAGAAUUAUUCAAUCUAAGACAUUCUUCAUUGAGGUCUAAGAUUGAAUCUGCUUUUGGCACAUUGAAGAAUCGUUUCAAGAUUUUAUGUGCUAAGCCGCAUUAUUCUUUUCCUAUACAAGUAGAUAUUGUAUUGGCAUGUACGGUACUCCAUAAUUUUAUUGCAACUGUGGAUCCAAGAGAUAAAUUACUCAACGAUGAUGAAUUUAAUAAAGACAUUGAUGGUGAGGUGGCCUUCGAGAAUGACACUAAUUUAGUUGAUUUUACUCAAAAUCAAUCUCAAAGAGAGCAAACUAAAUCAAGAAAUAAGUGGGAGACUCUUAGGGAUGACAUUGCUUGGGCGAUGUGGGUGGACUACUGUGAUAAGUUUAAUCAUGGUGUAACCACAGAGACUUGA